AUGACAACAAAACAAUGUAAAGAUUUCCAGCUUGUCCUCCAGGUGAAAUCCCAAGAGCUAAUUAGCCGCAAGCCGAUUAGGCGGACGCAGAAGUCUUUCAGUGGUUGUUAUAGCUGCAAAAGAAAGAAAAUCAAAUGUGACGAGACGAAGUCAAAGUGCAACAACUGUGUGCGAUGCAACCUUGAAUGUGUUUGGCCCCCGGAGAGGAAAAACAGUAAGGGAAGCGUGCAAAAGGUCAAGGUCAAAGCUGACACGCCGAGAUCAUCAGUAUCUUCGCUGUCAUAUAUGGGGGAUUUAAAGACGGAACAAAUUCCAAGGAAGAACGUAGUCACAGAGGUGGAGGUCCCAAGGUGGAGGGAGACAAAAAGUCCCUGGAAUAUUAAGGUUUCUGCCACAGAGAAACUAAGUCAUGUGCGAGCGCUGGGGAUCCCAGAAAUUCGUAAUACUACCGAAGUAUCUGGUGCACCUAUUCUGCCGAUCGAGCCUGAAAUUCAUAAUAUUUCGGGACCACAUAGUGUUUCGGGACUACCACACGAGUCCGAUUCACAUAACCAGUCUCAAUGGCAGCAUUUUGAGUCCAGUAUAGCCCAUUCAGCCAGAAGAGAUUCUGCCACCAUGAGAGAGCAAAUCAAUGCUGGGAACAGUCUUCUUCAUUUACGAGGUUCUCCCAAGCAGGUUACCUCGCCUCAAAUCCAAGAACUCGAUGCAGACACCUCAAGUGACAAUAGAAUUAAAGAAUUAGUGUUAACUCCUCCUGCGCUGUUAGGCGUUGAGUUUGCGCUAGACUCGUUCUUCUUCUCUCAUUUUGCUAACAGGUUUCUACCAACUAUUGCCCAGCCUCAUUUCCACCACUCGCUACCUCAAAAGAGUUUAGUGCUUUCAGCCGCAUCCCACUCGGAUAUGCUAAGAGAAAUAUUUGUGGCUUGUGGAGCCUCUUUAGUUGCGUUUGACAACGAUAUGUAUAGGGAAGUGGCUCAGGAAAAGUAUAAACUGGCACUUCUGCAUUUUCUAGGCAAGAUCAAGCAUGGGGUCGUACAGGGAGGUGAGGAAUGGUUCUUUGUAGCUGUCCAAGUGCUUCAGACUCUUUGCUUGCGUGAUGCUUUUGGUGGAGCCAAUGCUACACGAUGUGCUGCCCACUUUAGUGCCGCAUACAAGAUUGUUGUGCUGAAACUCUUGGAUAAACCAAAUGUCAACAAUAUGGGCCCUAGCUACUCUCCAUUGGAAAAAGUUUUGAUUGAGAACUUCAUCUUCAAUUACUCCAUAACAAUCUUUUAUUGUGACCAUAAGAAACUCGCGCAUUUGGUGCCAAAUCCGUUUGACUUUUUCUCCAUGGCCAAUGCAAAAUUGGCACAGAUGUCUUACGAAGAUGGAAGCCCUCAGUCUAGCAGGAUGUCGAUGCUUUCGUUCCAGAUUGCUGCCAAAUGCUCGUGGCUGUGUCGUCUCAAGCUUCCCUUGGACGAUGCUGACCAGCGACUUCAUUUCGAGAUGCUUCUGUUUGCCGAAACAAUUCUUUUCUCGUUGGAGUCUGUAGAUUUCACCUCACAAGAAAUUCUGGUCCAGAAUACUGUCAGUGUGGCUAAAGUGGUUUUGCGUUCAUCUAUUAUAUUAUUGAAGAAGAUGCUAGACAUGGAUAGCGUGAAAGCAGGCCAUUUACAAGGAUUGGUAUCGGAGAUUGUGUCAGACAUUGGCCAGCCCUUCAAUCAAGACAUUAUAUUUCCGAUUUGGUCACUCAUGAUUGCGGCAAGCACAACUUUAGAUAAUGGGCAUAAGCAAUUCUUCAAAGCCAACUUGGAGAAAUUGGUUGAAAUCUCCAAAUCUAAGAUCGCGAUGCAGGUGUUGAAUCAUUUGGAAGGUCUUUGGGAAAUUUACGAUGGAGACCAGCCGUUUGAGCUUUUGUUUGAUACAGAAGUCUUGGACCAGGUUUGUAUUUAG